CGUUCGGCCGAUUUCGAUUUCCCGAAUCUCGGUGUUGUUUUUCCAACAAAAUACAUAUAUUACGAAAGAAAGAUGGUUAAAAUCGCUCUGCAAAUCAAAGCAACCUUAGAAUCCAUCGACAAGCUAUACACAAACCACCCGUACUACCAAUGGUUCCUAAAACUUAAGUGUGGGAGUUGCGGCGAAGUGACAGAAAAGUUCCACGAUCUCACCGAAGCUGAAAAAAUACCACAAAAGCACAAUAGGUCGGAAACUAACUUGUUGAUAAAGUGCAAAUUAUGUUCCAGAGAGAACAGCAUAGACGUUGUCGAAGGCAGCAAUGGCCAAUUUAGAAGUAGUGAUGAGGGCAAGUUCAAAACAUUAGUUAUUUUCGACUGCAGAGGUGUGGAGCCUGUUGACUUUGAACCUAAAUCUGGAUGGAUAGCUGUUGGUGAAGAUGAUGGAAAAACAUUUGAAGAUGUAGACUUAACUGAAAAGGAAUGGGCGGAUUAUGAUGACAAAAAUCAGAACUCAGUUGGAGUUUAUGAAUUGGAAUGGCAGUUUGUUAAAGUGAAGUAAUUUAUGUAACCCAUGGCUACCCAUUGGGGAACUCACAAUAAUAAGAUAGUGGAUAGGACCUCUUUGUACUAAAAUGCAUUUAUUGAAGACCUGUCCAUACUUAUUCAAUGCAAUAAAACAAUCUUGUCAGAUAUUACUCUAAUACUGUUUACACAAUAAAAUAGGUAUAAUUUUAUUUUAGUUAUGACAUUUUCAAUAAAAUUUUCAAAAAUUAA